AUUCAACUGAUACUCGUGUCCGCGCCAUUGUCAUUUAGUACCUGAAUGAAACGCAAUGUGUCCGCACGUGUCAGUGUCCUUCAGACUGUGUUGCGUGUGUUGUAGGCUGUUGUAAGGAGUUUAUUUUGUUUAAGUGGCCACUUUAGAAACAUCUACACAUAAUGAGAGAAGUCGUGUGCGGUCAGCAUCAGCAUUUCGUUUGUGUGAGGACUGGAAUCCAUCUUAUCCAACCACCGCGCGUCACUGAAACAGAUUUGCGGCUAAUGCGCUGUGGGCCCUCUUCCUGUUUCAAGAGACAAGACAAACGAGCACCUUAUUUUAGACAGUAAAGGUUGUGUAAAAAUGAAGUGAAGUGACACCCAAUGUCACUUGAAAGUACAACGAUGAUGUCUUGGCGCCCGCAAACGGAGAAAUCCGACAUCGAGCAUAAAUAGUAUCAUCCAUAUCUUGCCACGAUGUCAGUCCAUAAAACGUAGCUAAGUCCUUGAGCAGCAUGAGCGACCACGAACGAAUCAGAUUGGUUAUCCUGGGAGGUGCAGGCGUCGGCAAAAGUUGUAUCGUAAAGCGCUUCCUUUUCAACACCUUCGCCGAUAAAUACCGCAGCACAGUGGAGGAUCUGUACAACAGAGAGUAUGACCUGGGACCUGUCACUCUCAAGGUUGAUAUCCUGGAUACAGCCGGUGACAUGCAAUUCCCAGCAAUGAGGCGUCUCAGCAUCGCCACAGCCCACGCCUUCCUGUUAGUUUACGCCACAACUUCGGCCACGUCGUUUGACAGCAUCAAGCGCUGUUUCGAUGAAAUCAGAGAACAGCGGGCAGACUACCAGGAUAUUCCCUUUGUUGUGUCUGGCAACAAGCUGGACCUGGCUUCCACACACCGCGAAGUCACCAUAGAGGACGUCUCUGAGUGGGUGUACUGUGAGCUGCCCAAGCUGAGAGUGAAGGUACUGGAAUGCUCAGCCAAAGAUGACUAUAACAUUAAGGAGAUCUUCCGCUGUUUCCUCACACUAUCACGAAUUUUACCUGCUGGUGGGGACGACAGUUCUGGGGGACUGAAACGUCGCUCCAGUGCCUAUGUAAGUGCCAGCAGCAAGAGCAAGGGAGGUCGGCGCACUGGAAGUCCAGCCUCGGAGUCCAUGGGUGCCAGCGCAGCUGCCAGCACGGAAGGAGCAACGGGAGGACUGGAGGUAACCCGCUCCAAGCCAAGAAGUCGAAGUCUAAUCCGUCGUUCAAGCCGUAAAACCAAACAACAAAUGCGAGAUGCUCAUGAUGAUUGCAGUGUUUCAUAGAGCACUGGUUCACAUCAAUGCAGUUUUUUUUCUUUUUUUUACAAUGUCAAGUAUUUGGGCUGGUUAUGCUGACUGUUUGUAUGUCGUUUGGUCAGGUGAGUUGCUAAUUUUAUAGAGUAAGAAGGGACUUCAGUGUUAUAAUUUUGUUCCACUAAUGACAAAAUAUAGAGUUGUCAAUAUGUAAGAUAUUUAUAUUUGUAUAUUUAAGACUGUGCAUUUUGGUCUAUAGGACAUAUCAAGUUUUGCUACCACUGUCAUUUAACAGAACUCACAUACCUUAUAAUUAAAAUAUCAAUAUUCAGAAAGUUUUUAAAUAAUUUGAACAAGGCCUGCCAAUAACACCUUUCUAUAUGCAGCCUGUUCAAUAAUAGCUGGGUGAUGCAUUUAUUGAGAAGAGUUUUGCAUGUAAGGAGUAGAAUUAAAAAUGUGUAAUAAAAAUUGGUGUUCUUGCUGGAGUCAGUCCCAGCAGAGCAACAAGUUUUAUGAUAUUUUGUGUUGUGAAGAAAAUAUAACUUUUAAGAGACUUGGAUAUGAACUGGGAGUUUUCCAUCAAACUGAAUAUUCAGGCUGCUUGAAGACGUGAUUCCUUGUAAAUUUCCUUUCUGCAGCUAUUGUAUUUCUUGUACAUAAUUUUACAUUCUUGGCAUACAUACAGAAUCCAGAGUCACAUCAUAAAUGUAUAAGAAAGUAAUUUAAGCAAGAUGUGUAAUUAUUAUGUGGCAUUUUAAAUCUUUGUGAAUACUUUCUAGCCUGUAGUAUGCACUGUCAUGUUUACAUCUAUCUACACAAUGUUCUUGGCCCAUUGCUUUUAUUAUCACGUAGCUGGAACACCAAACAUGCAUGAUGCUCAUUUGUUACUUACGUAAUCAAAAGCUACGACUGUACCAUAUAAGAGUUCGGCCAUUGAUAACUCAUCUGAGUCUUAGAUCAAGUGACCAACAUUUGACAAAGAUAUUUUUAUCUAGAUUUUAUAUAAAGAAAUAUGUAUAUCGACUUCAUAAUAACUUCGAAAUAAGACAGUAUGUGUAAUAUUUGAGGUUUUGACAGCGGUGAAUAUGAAGAUUUCUGUCUUCUGG